AAGCAGCAGAGAGCUGCUGCAACAACGACACCAGAGAAGAAGGGAGCAGGCCAGCAGACUAGCAGACAGUGAUGGGGAAGAAAAGUCGUCUCACAGGAGGAGCGGUCGGCCGGAGAACGAUCCUGCAGCUUUCACCCCCCGGGCUCCGCGGUGGGAAUGCCGGAGAGAGGGAAGAAGCGCCGUCGGGAUCCGAUGAUGAACAGGAGGGUGAUGGACACAGAUUCGUGAGGGAAAUACGCACAAACAUGAAGGCUCCUGCAUUAAAGGCCACAGAGGGUCUGUCCUUGCUUGGAGCCUAUGAGGAUAGUGAUGAUGAGGAUGCUGCAGACUCUCAGCAUUCAACUGCAAAUAAUCAACACGCCCAGUCAGCUGACAUCGACAGUACAUUGGCCAAUUUCAUGGCUGAGAUUGAUGCAAUCACCACUCAGCCCAGUUCAGAUGAUGCAGCAUCCCAUUCUUCAGUCCCAACUAUUGCCCCUCCCAGACCUGAUGUUAAUACUCAGCAGCCAGCGUCCGGUGAAGAGCAGAAUCCACAAAGCACAGAGUUUGAGUACAAUACUCAGUACUCACUAGCUGGAGUGGGUGUAGAGAUGGGAGACUGGCAGGAGGUAUGGGAUGACAACUCGGGCUGCUACUACUACUGGAACACUCUAACUAACGAGGUGUCCUGGGAGCUGCCACACUAUCUAGCUGAUCAGGUGCAAAGCCUAGAGCAGUAUACCAACAGCUCUAGUGUCAAUGGCAAUAGCACAGUGCAUGCAGGUUAUCACACUGAGGAAAGCGCUACACCUGCUGCAGCCCCUACAUCAGUGAAAGAUACCAAAGUGAAGGAGGUAAUAGAGAGCGUUGUAGGCCUGACAAGUGAAGAGGAGGAGCACCGUGGAGUGGCUGCGUCUCUGCUGGGCCCUUUGAUCCCCUCUGAAGUGAAAGAAGCAGAAGAAAAAUGGAGGAAAAGACUGCUUAAAUGUUUGGAUGACACUGAGAACAGUUUGGAUUCUGAUGGAGAAGCUGUUCGCCCUGCAGGUUCCCCGUCUACACCUCUGCGGGACCCUGACUCAGUCCCCACUGUCCAAAAAGAUCUUUGCACCAAGAGGCAGUUGGGAGACAACUCUGAUGCUGAGGAAGAGACAGAAGAGGACACAAUGGAACUGGAACUGGCUCUGGAGAGGAAGAAGGCUGAGCUCCGGGCGCUAGAGGAUGGUGAUGGGAGCGCAGGGGGCUCUAGUCCUUGUUCUGAGACAAGUCAAGAAGCCUCUGGUUCUCGUGGCGUUCCACUGAAGAAAAACCGGUGGAAGACCGCCUUCCCAUGUGCUGCCAGCCCCGACACUAACAGCAGAGGCUCAGACCCACAGGACAGCACAGAGACCGGACUUUCUAAAGUCCUAGAGAGUGUUGUUGAAGGAGAAGACAAGGGAACGGACAGUUCGGAGGAGAAAACGGUUUCAAAACCAGCGGUUAAAGAAGAGGGCGAAAUGCCUGAACUCAAAGUGGAAACGCCUGAGCUCAAGUUUCAGAUUGGAGAACUGGCUAACACCUUAACCAGCAAGAUGGAGUUCCUGGGGAUAAACAAAAAGGCAAUCUCAAACUUUCAGUUGCUGCUGCUACAAACUGAGACUCGGAUUGCUGACUGGAGGGAGGGCGCUCUGAAUGGGGUCUAUCUUCGCCGCAGGCUGCAGGAAGCUGCCGAACACAUAAAAUAUUACGAACUUAACGCCGCCCCUAAAGGCUGGUCCUGCCACUGGGACAGAGAGCACAGGCGAUAUUUCUAUGUGAACGACCGGACCAGUGCCUCCCAGUGGGAUUUCCCAACAGAGGAGGACAAGGAUGAGGACCUUAAGGGCAGCCAAGAUACCCAGACACCAGACACCAAAACAUCAUCUGUAUCUGCUGGUGGGGUCACAGAACCUUCUACCUAUCCCCCUGCUGCCCCACCGGUGCCUCCUCAGCCCAGUGGAUCAUCCUUCUGGUCCCCAUCUCAACCUCCUCUUCCUGACAGCCCACCUCCACCUUCAAACUAUCCCCCGCCCCCGCCUCUCCCCCCGGGCUCACCACCUCCACCUCCUCCCCCUCCUGACAGCGAUGGAGAGAUCAUGGAGGUGGAGAUGGAGAUGGAUGAUGAUAAUGAUGGGGAGCCUCCAGCCCCUGGAACUGAGGAAGACGGCAGCGGGAGGCCUCCUUUACCUCCAGGCACUGCUACCAUGAAGAUUGUGGAGUCUUCGGGUUCCUUGGGGAAGGGUCAGAAACGUAAAAUCAGUCAACUGAAUAAAGCCAUUACUAUUGGCAGCAGUCCCAUUCUCUACACCCAACCUGCUGCCAGCGCAGGUUUCUCUUUGUUUGCAGCUCCUCUAAUGUCAGCAACUGCCUACUGGGGCGUGCCGGCUGUCACUGCCCCUUUGGUCCCUUGUGAACCUCCCCUCCCACCUGUCCCAGCCCUACCUCCUCAACCACCACUGCCACCAUCCCAGCCGCCCUUCGAAGCUCCUGUAGCCAAAGCACUGGCCACAGACAAGACCAAAAAAGCGAAAAAGGAUAAGUCAAAGAAGAGUAAGAUCAAAAUGCCUUCCCUGGUGAAGAAGUGGCAGAGCAUCCAGAAGGAGCUGGAUGAGGAAGAGAAGAGCAGCUCCAGUGAUGAGGACAGAGAGCAACUUAACAAGAAGAGUAUCGAGGAGUGGAAGCAACAGCAAUUAAUGACCGGAAAAGCUUCGAAGAAUGCCAACUUCGAAGCACUUCCUGAAGACUGGCGGCAGCGAUUGAAGAAACGGAAGGUGACCAAUUCCACGUAACAUCCGGCCUGCUUCACAUGCCGCCCAGGCAACUUAUUAUUAUUUUUUUUAUUUUUUUUUACAUAUACUCCAACCAUUACCACAAGGUCAUCCUUCUCCAGCUAAAGUUUUGUUUAAUGAUCCAUGGACUGUCUUUAUCAUUGUCCUUGUUCAUGAUGGAGACAUUUAGAGGCCCUUACAUGGCAGGCCAUUCACCAGAGGGGGUUGAAUGUCCUUAUCUUGUUUUCUGUAGCCACUGUUGUAAAUGUGCCAAAUGUCUUGAAGUUCAUAACAAAUACUUCACCAUUUUGUAUAGACCCCAAGAAGUUGACCACCACAAUUUGUUAGGAGGAUUGUCUAUUUUAUCAAUCAUUUUUACAGCUAUGUACAUAAAAUGUAUAAUGGGAUAUGCCAUGUUUUUUGGAACGGGAGGGAACAUCACUGAACUUGUACAUUUUGUAAAAAGUUAUUAAACUGUUUUUCCAAAGUCA